AUGAGCGAUGAAGAUUCUAUGCUGUUAAACUUCACUACCAAUGAGGACACUGCAGGAAGUUCCUAUAAGCAAGCUGCCAAGGUGACAGGCGGUAGAUGGAAGGAUAGAAGAAGAAUGAAAAUGAAGCUUGAGGGCAAGACAGUCUCGAGGAAAAGAAAGGCGAACACUACAGGGGACGAAGGGAUAAUUCCGGGUAGAGGCGAGAAUUCUAUUAAAAAAUUGCAUAAGGAGAGUUCCUAUAGUUCUGAAGAGCAGGAAAAAUAUAAGGGUAGAAAUGCUCAUAACACUCAAGGGAGAACUCUACCAGCCGAUUCUCAGUUUGUUUCAUCCCUGUUUACAUCUAACAGAGAGAUUACAACUGCGGUAAACACUAAUAUUCAUGAUGAAAACGUUGCCAUCAAUCCGUCUAACGCGCCCUUGAAAGGUGAUCAGUUUGCGUCUUUAGGUGUCUCUAGUCUUCUUGUUUCUCAUCUGGAGCAAAAAAUGCGUAUUAAAAAGCCUACGAGCAUCCAGAAGCAGGCCAUACCUCAAAUAAUAGGUAACGCGGGGAAGAACGAUUUUUUCAUUCACGCCCAAACAGGCUCAGGUAAGACUUUAUCGUAUCUUUUACCUAUAAUAUCUACUAUUUUGAACAUGGAUACUCAUGUUGAUCGUACUUCUGGUGCAUUUGCAUUGGUUAUUGCUCCUACACGAGAACUAGCAUCACAAAUAUAUCAUGUUUGUUCCACGCUUGUGUCAUGUUGUCACUACUUGGUCCCAUGUUUAUUGAUUGGUGGAGAACGUAAGAAAUCAGAAAAAGCUAGAUUGCGUAAGGGUUGCAAUUUCAUAAUCGGUACACCAGGUCGUGUUUUGGAUCAUUUACAAAAUACAAAAGUUAUCAAGGAGCAAUUGAGUCAAUCUCUAAGGUAUAUCGUAUUGGAUGAAGGAGAUAAGUUAAUGGAAUUGGGUUUUGAUGAGACGAUCAGUGAAAUUAUUAAAAUUGUUCACGAUAUUCCCAUCAACUCCGAAAAAUUUCCCAAGCUACCGCAUAAGUUAGUGCACAUGUUAUGUAGUGCUACACUUACUGAUGGUGUUAAUAGGUUAAGAAACGUGGCGUUGAAAGAUUACAAAUUGAUUAGCAACGGUACCAAGAAAGAUUCUGAUAUAGUAACGGUUGCGCCCGAUCAACUAUUGCAGAGGAUUACUAUUGUCCCACCAAAGUUGCGUCUUGUAACAUUAGCUGCUACUUUGAACAACAUUACCAAAGAUUUCAUCGCUUCCGGUCAACAGUCCAAAACGCUGCGUACAAUCGUAUUCGUAUCAUGUUCAGACAGCGUGGAGUUUCAUUAUGACGCAUUUUCAGGAAGUGACGGGCACCAUAAAAAUCUAACGGGUGAUUCUGUAAGACUAUUGACAAAAGGAAACACUAUGUUUCCUUGUUUUUCAGAUUCUAGGGACCCAGAUGUAGUGAUUUAUAAAUUGCACGGUUCUUUAUCCCAACAAAUGAGAACCUCUACAUUGCAGCAUUUUGCUCGUGAUAAUGAAGCCACCAAGGGAAAACAUCUUAUUAUGUUCUGUACAGAUGUCGCAAGUAGAGGCCUAGACCUUCCCCACGUUGGAUCUGUUAUUGAGUUGGAUCCACCAUUUGCUGUUGAAGACCAUUUACAUAGAGUUGGUCGUACAGCAAGGGCCGGUGAGAAGGGUGAAAGUUUGUUAUUUUUACUUCCUGGCGAAGAAGAAAAAUAUAUGGACUAUAUCCAGCCGUAUCAUCCGAUGGGUUGGGAAUUACUGAAAUUCGAUAAAGAAAUACUAAUGCCGGCUUUCAAAGAUGUGAAUGUCAACAGAAAUGAUAAAUUCAUUAGAAAAGAUGAGAAAUCGUCCAAAAAUAAAGACGUGGGCGAUAAAGAAUAUGAGUGGGAUACCAAUGCUACGACAUGGCAUUUGAAUAUAGAAAGACGAGUAGUGGGAGAUUCCGCAUUCAAAAAUUUGGCCGUUAAAGGUUUCAUUAGUCAUGUGAGGGCUUACGCAACGCAUAUCUCUCAAGAAAAGAAGUUUUUCAACGUGAAGUUCUUACAUCUAGGCCAUUUAGCUAAAAGUUUUGGGUUACGUGAAAGGCCAAAGGCUAUGGGAUUGCAAAGUAGUAAGGAUGGUAAUAGUGAAAAGAAGCCAACUAAGGAAAACUCUAAAAAUAAAAUGUUUCGUAUGGCUCGUAUGGCAGAGAAGCAAAUAGCAAGUGAGUUUAACUACUAA